ACAAAGGUAACAAAGAUUUAAGGGUUCAUUCAUUCAUGAUCCAAAGAAGAAGAACAACAACAAAGUAAUAGAGAAAGAAAGAAAAAGAAGAAUGGAUUUUUAUCAACCACUCAGUUACCAAACUGAUGUUUCCCUCAACAUCACACAACAUUUGUUUACAAAGCCAGAAUUUCAGAACAACAACAUUGUAUUCUCACCACUCUCACUCUUCACCGUACUCAGCAUCAUCGCUGUCGGAUCCGAGGGACCAACACAACAACAGCUUCUCUCAUUCCUCCAAGCCAACUCAACUGAUCAACUCAAUUCCUUCUCUUCUCAACUUAUUUCUUCUACACUCUCGGAUGCUUCUUGCUUUGGCGGGCCUCGCCUUUCUUUCGUUAAUGGUGUGUGGGUGGAACAAUCUCUUUCUCUUCAACCUUCAUUCAAAAAAUCUGUCACUACAGAUUAUAAGGCUGAUUUGGCUUCCGUUGAUUUCAAAACCAAGGCUGGUGAAGUGAUUGAAGAACUAAAUUUGUGGGGGAAAAAGAAGACAAAUGGUCUUAUUGAAACUAUGGUUCCACGUGGAGCAGUAGAUAGCACAACCAAACUCAUCUUUGCAAAUGCAUUGUACUUCAAAGGAACAUGGGAUGAGAAGUUUGAUGCUUUGGAAACGAAAGAAUAUGAUUUUCAUAUUCACGAUGACAACUCAGUUAAGGUUCCCUUCAUAACUAGCACGAAAGAUCAGUUUAUUAGUGUUUUCGAUGGUUUCAAAGUUCUUGGCCUUCCUUAUAAACAAGACAAAGAUAAACGUCGAUUUUCUAUGUAUUUUUUCCUUCCUGAUACAAACGAUGGUCUCCCACUUUUGAUUAAGAAGUUGGCUUCUGAAUCUAAGUUCCUAAAAAGCAAGCUUCCUAAUAAAAAAGUGGAAGUAGGUGACUUCAGGAUUCCCAAAUUUAAAAUAUCAUUUGAGCUUGAAACUUCAAAUGUGUUGAAGGAACUAGGAGUGGAUCUACCUUUCUACCCUGGAAGUGUAACAAAAAUGGUGGACUCUCCUAUGGAUAAAGACCUUUAUGUUUCUAAAAUAUUUCACAAGUCUUUCAUUGAAGUAAAAGAAGAAGGCACUGAAGCUGCCGCAACAACAGUUGGUACAAUGGCUGGGUCUUCUUGGGGUGGUUUCACUCCGCCUCAGAUAGACUUUGUUGCUGAUCAUCCUUUUUUGUUUCUCAUAAGGGAAGAUUUUUCUAAAACAAUACUCUUUAUUGGGCAAGUGCUCAAUCCUAUAGAUAAGUAGUUUUAAAUGACUUAUAUUGGACUAUCAUUAAAUUUUAUCUACAAGUUAUCAAUUUCCACCAAAAUUAUGGAGUAGCAGAGUGUUCAUCUUUUACAUGCCUAUGUUUGACUUGUCUUUGUUGCUAAUUUGAUCACUUUUUGUUUAUUGUUAUGGAUAGAUAUGGUUCUUCAAUCACGAAGUUUGUUUGAAAAAUAUUUCCACU